AAUUCAAAAUCGGUUUAUCAUUCCUCUUUGCGCUCAUUCGACUUUUGAAAUCAGCCUCGUUCGUUUCGAGAAUCCCGAGUCGGACGUGUGCGUGUCUGUCUGGCUUCCUCUCAUUCCCCUCGCGUGUGGGUGUGCUUGGUGUGUGUAUAUUUUAAAGUAAGUUACUACAGGACAAAAUCGGAGGCGUUAUAUAUUUUUCUUUGUCUGCCAAUUUCUUUUAAAACCCGAAACGAAGUUGCGAUUCGCCGUGCGAAAACCAUGAGCUGGCAAGAUUAUGUGGAUAACCAACUCCUGGCCUCGCAGUGCGUAACAAAGGCUUGCAUCGCCGGCCACGAUGGCAACAUUUGGGCGCAGUCCAAUGGAUUCGAGGUGACAAAAGAGGAGCUUUCUAAACUAAUCAGCGGAUUCGACCAGCAGGACGGGCUCACAAGCAACGGCGUAACACUCGCCGGCCAAAGGUACAUUUACCUCUCCGGCACGGACCGCGUGGUACGCGCUAAGCUCGGCCGGAGCGGAGUGCACUGCAUGAAGACAACACAAGCCGUGAUUGUUUCUAUCUACGAAGAUCCUGUACAGCCCCAACAGGCCGCAUCCGUCGUAGAAAAACUUGGAGAUUAUUUGAUUACUUGCGGGUACUAGGAGAAUAAAUGAACACAUACACCCACAUCAACAAACAAGCACACAACAACAACUAUAACAGCAGCAACAAAACCGAUAAGGAAAACCAUAACUUAACUAACAUGAAACAUAAUAAAUAAUAUUUAAAUUUAUGGAAAAACCGAUGGCCAAGAAAAUAUUUGAGGUUUUUUUGUGUGUACGAGAAGAAUGGAACGAGUAAAAUUGCAUAUGCUUAAAAAUUGUCAAAAACGCAAAUACAAAAAAAAUUUUAAUUUCUGAAA